AGCAAUAAUAAUGCUGCUUUCCAAGUCAGUUCUCGUCGGCAUCCCUUUGAGAAGCUCCGGACACACUGAAACUGUUCUGGAUUUCGCAAUGCGGCAGCAUCAAUUGAUCCAGCACGAGUCGAGUCGCCUGAUACCUAGCUAGCUACCGUAGCUAGCUACUACUACGGUGUCUUUGGGAUUCCCUUCUCUUCAUCAUUAGAGUUCUCAAGACGUCUCGAUUUGGAUUUCUACAUUAUCAUGAGGUUGUUCCAAAGCGCACCACACGUACCGGCCACAAAAUACAUACAUGUAGAUUGCCCCUUGCAUUUUGUUUGACAAAAACAAAAAGAAAAGAAGUGACAUUCAACAAUGAGCGGCAGCAAAGAAUCCAGCACAUCCUGGCUCCUGAAGAAGGAUCCCAGCACUGGGAUGGGCCCCAUGUCCUUUUAUGGUCGUUGUAUGGGCGGCGGAGCCUUGGCCUGUGGCAUUACCCAUGCAUCGGUUGUCACGCUGGAUGUUGCCAAGUGUCGAUCGCAAGCCCACAGCCAGUGGCCCUCCGGGCUAGUUCCUAGUAUCCGAAGGACUUGGGUCGAAGAAGGAAUGCGAGGCAUUACCAAGGGGUGGGUCCCCACCUUUUACGGAUAUAGUGCGCAAGGACUGUGCAAGUUUGGCCUCAACGAGGUCUUCAAGGACUAUUACACACACCUCUACGGGGCAGAGAACCUCGAUUCCACUCCAAAAAAGAUGCUCUUGUGGGCAUUGGCUAGUGGGUCCGCAGAAAUCUUUGCCGAUGUGGCUCUCUGUCCCUUUGAAAUGACAAAGGUCAAAAUGCAAGUUACCCUCCCUGGCAUGAAGGAUGGCGUAUCGGAUAGUCUUUUGCCAGCGUUUCGAGACAUGAAUGCUCGCAAGGCCGAAACAAAGUUCCCCUUUGGAAGUUUGCAACCACUCUGGUUUAGACAAGUCCCCUACACCAUGAUCAAGUUUGUAGGAUUCUAUCAGACACAAAACAUGGUCUACGAGGAGAUUUUUCGUCGCUCGGGAAAGCGCAAAGAAGACUUUAGUGCCCCCUCCCAAUUGGCAAUCACGUUUGGUUGUGGGUAUUUCGCCGGAAUAUUUUGCGCCAUUGUGACACAGCCAGCGGAUAAUCUCGUCUCCAUGAAGGGAAGCGCCGAGAAUGCCAACAAGAGUUUUUCGGAACUGGCCAAACAGAUGGGAACUAGAGAUCUGUUCCUCCGCGGGCUAACUACUCGAAUCUUGAUGAUUGGAACCCUUACGGGCUUACAAUGGUGGAUCUAUGGAGCUUGGAAGAACAUGUUCGGCCUGGGUACAUCCUAGCUAGAUGCCAGCGAGAAGGCGGACACAGAACUGGUUCAGUUUUCCUGUCAACAGCGCCUUGUGCGAGCAUGGAAACACAAAACAGUACAACUUCACGUGGUCUAGUUUGAAAAGGUAGCUUUAGCUAAUGAUACCCUUACUUUUGGUGUUUCCAUUCUACCUGGCACCUGGUUUUACGU